AUGCUGUUCCUGAAGGCCAGUUUCCUUGCCUGCGCAGCACUGUUGUUGUCGAGCUCAUUCGCCGCACCAGCUCCCCAAAAGUCGAAUACCACCAAUGUCCUCUAUCCUGACCUUCUUGAGGCUACGACGGACGAGCUUGCUGAAGGUCUGAAGAAGGGCUUGUUUACUAGCGUCGACCUUGUCAAUGCAUACACGGCUCGCAUUCUCGAAGUGAACGACACCUUACGAGCGGUCGUCGAGAUCAACCCAGACGCCCUGUCGAUUGCUGCCGAACUCGAUGCCGAGCGUAAGAAUGGCACCAAACGCGGACCCCUCCAUGGCGUUCCGAUCUUGAUCAAGAACAAUAUCGCCACCGCCGACAAGAUGCAAAACACAGCGGGCUCAUACGCGCUUCUCGGUGCAACCGUGCCAAGGGAUAGCUUCAUGGCUGCAAAAUUGAGACGAACUGGUGCGGUCAUCUUAGGAAAGACAAAUCUAAGCCAAUGGGCGAACUUCAGGAGUUUUAACACCAGCAACGGAUGGUCUGCUUAUGGUGGUCAGACACUUGGAGCAUACUUUUCCAACCAGGAUCCAUCAGGUUCAAGUUCCGGGAGUGGUGUGGCAAGCAGUGUGGGCCUUGCACUCGCUGCUUUGGGCACCGAGACUAGUGGCAGUAUUCUCAGCCCUUGCGAUGCCAACAACCUGGCUUGUGUAAAACCCACUGUCGGUCUGACCUCCCGUGACCUGGUAAUACCGAUUUCGGAACACCAGGAUACUGUUGGGCCCAUGGCAAGAACCAUGAAGGAUGCGGCAUACUUGUUGGCUGCUAUUGCGGGACAAGACCCUAACGACAACUAUACCUCUGCCAUCCCCUUCCGCGACACCCCAGACUACGUUGCAGCCUGCCGAACGGACGCACUCAGAGGAAAACGUAUCGGCAUCCCUCGCAAUGUCCUCCCCCGGUCAGAAGAGCUCAUCCCAAUCCUCGACGCCUUCGAAUCAGCAAUCGCACUGAUCCGCGAAGCCGGCGCAACUAUCGUCGAUAACACCAAUUUCACCGGCUAUGAGCAACUCAGCAACAGCAUGUCUCCCGGCAUCGUCCUUGAUGUAGACUUCAUCACCGACCUUCCCAGGUACCUCUCGCAACUAGUCGCCAACCCCACCGGCGUACAAGAUGUCGAGGACGUGCGCAACUUCACCCAACGUACCCCGGUGGAGGAGUACCCCGACCGUGACACGGGCGUCUGGGACGAGGCCCUCGACGGCCUCGGCUUCGGCAACACCGAUCCGCGUUUCUGGGCCGCCUACCAGGAAAACCUGUUCCUCGCCGGCCCGCUCGGCCUGACCGGCGCACUGGCAAACUACUCCCUCGAUGCCGUCAUCUUACCCACCUCCUUCGCCCCCUUCGUCCCAGCUCUGAUUGGCACUCCCGUCGUCACCGUCCCGCUGGGGUUCUACCCGCCCAACACGACCGUGAUCCCCACCGAUAGAGGCCUGAGCGCGGUGGGUCCGAAUCUGCCGUUCGGGUUAAGUUUUCUCGGGGAAAAAUUCAGCGAGGAGUUGUUGAUCGGGUUGGGGUAUGCGUUUGAGCAGAGGACGAUGGUUAGGGAGACGGUGCAGCCGUUGGUGCUGCCGGUGACGGAGUUGGUCGAUGUGGUGGGGAUGGGUACGGGUAUGGGUAGAGGUGGGAAUUACAGCUCCAAGGAGAGGUGA